GGCCGUAGAGGUGGGCGUAAAAAUAGAAACUAUAUUAACACUCGCGAUUACCAGGAUGACCGUAAUCAUUGGGAGCGGGACAAAUAUACCAGGCGCGUCGAUUCGCCCUGGAACGUGGUCGGCCGAAGUUUAUUAAAAGAAAAAGAUAUACCGAGCAUAGGCUACGGACCAUUCAAACAGGACAGGGGAGACAUAGCUGACCGGAGUUACGAUAUCGGGUAUGUGUUGGGCCACGAGUACGGCGAGCGUAUGGGCGAUGGCAUCAAGACUGGCAUUAAACAGUCAUUUGAUGGCAUGACUAAAGGCAUGGGCAGGAGGGGUGGCAAAGGCAAGGGGAGUAAUGAUGAUGAUGAAGAUGAGUAA